AUGUUAAUUCAUGAAGAAAAUGAAGAAGAUUUGUUUGAUCGCUUACCAGAUGCUAUCCUCUUAACAAUCUUCGAUAAACUUCAAGAUGCUAAAUCUCUUUCAAUUUCUUCAUCUCUCUGCAAGCGUUUCCGCUUCCUCACAACCCAAACACACCACAUUUCACUCGCAAUCCCCUCACAAAAAUACCACAAAUCAUUGCCUUUUUCCAGUAGAAACAAAUUUAUUCGAUUUUUUCUCAAGCCUUUUCAGUUUGUUUAUCGACAAAUCAGUCAAUGGAACCAGAUUUGUAUGCCCUGUGAUAAUACACAGAAAAAGAGUGAUAGUUAUAGUUGUUGUACUUGUUCUUAUGCUUCUUCAUCUCCGGCUGAAAUACUGAGAAAUUUCACCGAAAUCAAGGAACUCGAAAUUCGAGUUCCCAGUAAUGGCGGUGGUGGUGAUUCAGAUUCGUUACUGAAAUGGAAAGGUGAAUUUGGUAGUCAAUUGAAAAAUUGCUUGAUUGUUGGUGGAAUAUCACUUUCCCCAAUUUGUAAUAACGAUCGAAUUGACAAUGGCGAUGCUCCAAUUAGGGAACUAGAGUUGCAACGGAUGGCAAAUGAGGAUUUGAAAUUGCGAAUUGUAUGGAUAAUUUCGUCGUUAAUAGCAGCAUCAGCGCGGCAUUGCUUGUUAGAAGAAGUGAUUAAGGAGAAGAAAUUGCUGAAUAAAGUAGUGAUUAUGGAUGAUAUUGGUCAAGGUAAAGUUUGUAUGAAUGGUGAACAAGUAGAGGAAAUGAGGAGAGAUGCAGAGGUUUUUUCGUCGAAAAUGCCGGCGUUGAAGGUGAAAAUGUGGUAUUCGCCGGAGCUGGAGUUGCCGGAGGGAGGAUGUGUGAUGAAGGGGGCGACGUUGGUGGUGGUAAAACCGGUGGAGGAGUGGAGCAAGGCGGAUGAUGGCGGAGAUUUGGUGGCGAAAGGGUUUGGUUUCGCCGGAGAUGGGAAAGAGGAGAAGGUGUUUGAUGAAGUUGCUAGAGAAUUGGUUAAGUUGGAAAGGAGUUACUCUCUUGAAAUGAAUUCCUUUUGA